GCCGAAAUCUACCCGUGUACUCCGUAUCCUUGUGUGGUAUCUGCAAACCAUUUGAGGGCGCUGUGUUGUGUAGCUGCAGAGUAACUUGGACCUUGCAAAGUAAAGUGCUGUUUUGUUGCUGUUGGUGUUGUAGUCAAGACGUGAAGUCAGGCGGGCAAAGAGUUAAGUUACCUUUCAACAGAACUGGGGUAGCAUUCUGUCAACCACGUACGAUAGGCUGCACGAAGAUACAGUCGUUGCUGAUAAGACGCCGAAGUGAGGAACGCAAAGAGUUCCUUUCAAUAGAGUUUAGAUAUAUAUCACUCUGUCAGAGAUGUCUCUUCUCCAGAACUGGCUUCCGCCCUCGCCAGGGAACUGGACCUUGAUAGUCAACACCUUCACCUACUUUCCUGUUAUCACUGCCAUUCAAUGGCUCACGGCGUACUACCCCAUGGGCAAGACGUCAACGACCUCGUGCCUCAACAUCCCCGGGAAGGUGGCCUGGGUGCUCAUGGAACUCCCCGCGCCGCUUCUGCUAGUAUACACCAUGACUGGCCUGCGCGCCACUCUCCCACCGCCGCCAAGGGAAAACCUCAUCCUGGCAGGCAUCUACGUGACGCAUUACAUCUACCGCGCGCUUCUUGCCCCCCUUCUCAACUUCUCCAUGUCUCCCAUCCAUCCCAUCAUCGUCCUCGGAGCCUGGGUAUUCAACUUGCUGAACGCAGUCUCCCUUGGCGGCCAUCUCGCCGGCCUCGGUCCCACAAUGACCAUGCGCCUUGCUCUCGGCCUCCCCAUCUGGGCCCUUGGCUUUGCGGGCUCAAUCGCGCACGACGAAAUCCUACGCCGUGGCCGCCGCGCGGCGUCCAAACCGGGUGCAUCCGCCAAAGCCGAAAACACGCACACCGUCCCCGAUGGCCACGGCGGCGAAAAGACGUACGUCCUGCCAUCGGAAGGACUGUUUAGGUGGGUGCUUAGCCCGCAUUACCUUUGUGAGUGGAUUGAGUGGGUGGGCUUCUAUGUCGCGACAGGCGGGGCGGUGCCGGCGAGGAACUUUGUAGCUGCGGAGGUAUCGACGAUGAUGCCGAGGGCGAUAACGACGAGGAAGUGGUAUGUAGAGAGGUUUCCGGGGGUGGAGGGGAGAUGGGCGGUGCUGCCUGGGCUGGUGUAGGCGGACUGCGAUAUGAUAGGAAUUGUGUCUGGAGAUGUGGAGGAGUAGAAUGGCUCAUACAGAUGGUGCUCAGAGGUUUAAUGGGAUACAUGAGAAUCACGGAGGGAGUACGAUAGCUAGAAAACCUUAUGCGCACACGCGCACCCA